ACCCAUCUCCCUCCUCCUUCUCUGCGAAUUCCGGUCACCGGAAUGGAUAUCCGGCCGGCUCCUCGUCGAUAACUCAACACCCACCUAAACCCCCCAUCAUCCUCGACCCUCUGAUCGCUCUCGUUCUUCCCGACACGGACCACCGGAGCCGCAGAGCGGCGGCAACCGGCGACAGAAGGGCGGCGGAGCCGCCGGUGAACACUGGCAGUGGUGAUGGUGCUUAUACUUCUCAGUUUUGCUUCGGGUUCCGGUCAGUUCCAGACCAACCUAGUUCUGGGUUAGUUGGGUUUUACCGCUUCAAGUCCCUUUGUGUUUAGCUCACUCGAUUCAGUUUUGAAGUUUGGUUCGGUGAUGGUUCAUCUCAGAUCCAGACUCGGUGUUGUUCGGCUCAUGCUUCCGUUCGGUUCAGGUUAUCUUUCAGUUCAGUUUUGGUUACGGUUCGGAGUCGGGUCAAAGACGGUUCGAUACGGUUCAAAUUACUUGUUCGAUGUUUUCGAGUCAAUAAACCGGGUCAGCUCAGCAGGUUCGGGCCUUGUUUCGGUUCCGUCAAAUCUGGUCAACAUAAGUCAACACAGUCAAGGUUGGUCAACCUCAGGCUCGGUGUUGGGUUCGGGUCAAAUUGGUCAGAUUCGGGUGACCUCAGUGUUCCAUCCUCCUAAUCUCUUACGCUCGUCAACUUUUGGGAUAAUCGGAAGACUUAGCAAUUUAGUUGACUAAUGAAGUAUGGAUGAUUGAUGAAACAAGUUUAGGGUGGACUAGAUACACACCUUUAAUCUAUUUAUCUUUUAAUGUUAUGUUAUUCGUUGAAACAAUGUUGUAUUUUGUUUUGAAUAUUGUAUGACAAUUUAGCACUUGCAAUGAAAUUUGAAUUUAAUUAAA